UGUGUUGGACGGGUGCGAAGUGAUGACCGAUCUGUCUAUUAGACGGAGUUGAGUGUGGUUUUUAUUAUUAUUUUAACCAUUUGUGUUUUUAUAUCGAAGAUCAUCAAUGGAGCGUCGCGUAAUAUUAGGUGUUUGGUUAAUAUUGGCGGUAGGAGAGCUUAAGUCAGGUGUGUGCCAAAGUAUUAGCGAAGAGGCUGCUACCUUCACCCCGGCGUCUGCCUCGUAUGCGGGGGUGACAGACGGGCGUGGGCAGCUGGAGACACGACACAGUCAACUGCUAGACAACACACUCACUGAGGAACCCACAUUAGAGAGUUGGGGAGCAUUUGUGAACAAUGUAACAAGUGAGGCGGUUGACUUUCUGGAGGAGGCUGAGGAUGCGAGCGACUUGAUGCUGGGAGGCGGUGCCCGGGAGGGUCACUUCUCCGGUGCUUCACGUGUUGUCUUGCCCAUUACACUCAACCUUAGAGGCUACACAUCUCUUAGCUUUCGAACAUGUCGGCAUGGCACUCUUCUCUCUCAGGAGGGCUCAGGGGGUGACACACUGGUACUUGGUGUGACAGAAGACGGUGCUCUAGUACUCUCCCUCACGCACCACGGACAGUCAUACACCACAUCGCUGGGAAGACAUCUCAACAACAAUGUCUGGCACAGAGUCUACCUCAAGUUUGAACUUGGUGUUUUUCGAAUGGGAGUGGACCAAUCAACUGUAAUGGUAGCCAACACGACUAGCUCCAGUUCACCUCUUAUUGACUUGGGUCUGUGGUCGCCCACCCCACAACUAACCAUUGGACAGAACUUCACCGGGUGCAUUCUUGAGGGUGCUGGCACUGUACUCACAAACCCUCUAGCCCUACACAUGGGAGUGGCUUGGAAUGUCUGUCCUCUUCCGGAUGGUACCGACUGUAGUGGCUAUGAUGAAGAUCAUUGCUUCUCACAGCCAUGUGGUCGUCAUGGUCAGUGCAUAUCCUCCCAAGAUGGUUAUGUAUGCGACUGUUAUGUGCGAUACUCGGGAGAGCAUUGUGAAGAAGAUUCAGGACCCCUUUGUCAUCGACCCGAAUAUCAGUGCCAUAACGGAGGGCUGUGCCAAGAAGACCGACAGGGAAAUAUCACAACUUGUGCCUGUCGUACUGGUUUUACAGGUUCCAAGUGUGAAUUACCCAUCGACGAGAGUUUUUGCGAGAAUAUCGGCAGUCUGUGUCAGAACAAUUCAACAUGUAAUGUAACCUCAUUUGCCGACACCUACGAAUGCCUUUGUUUGCCUGGGUUCAGUGGGUACCACUGUGAGGUAAACAUUGACAAUUGUGCCUCACACCCGUGUUGGCAUGAUGGUGUCUGCAUCGACAGUGUCAACGACUUCACUUGCAACUGUGAAGGCACUGGAUAUGAAGGUACAAUAUGUGAAGUUAACAUAAAUGAAUGUUCACCUUUGGAUCCCUGCCUCAAUGGAGCAACUUGUUUUGAUCAUUAUGGAGAUUAUGAAUGUGCAUGUGUACCUGGUUAUGGUGGGAAGCAUUGCGAAGUGGAGGUGCAUGAAUGUUCAUCAGACCCAUGCCAGAAUGGAGGGACAUGCGCAGACCUGCAGAAUGGUUAUAAGUGCACGUGCAUGCUGGGCUUUGAAGGAGACAAUUGUGAGCAUAACAUCAAUGACUGCUAUAAUGUGUCCUGCCCAGAAAACUCCUACUGCAUGGAUGGUGUUAAUGAGUAUGUUUGUCGAUGCAGCCCAGGCUUUGCAGGUUCCCCACCAAGUUGCCUAGAGAUUGAUGAAUGUGACUCCUCUCCCUGCCUAAAUGGAGCUUCUUGUUAUGAUCAAGAUAAUUCAUUUACCUGCAUUUGUACUCCUGGGUUUACAGGAAGCAACUGCGAGACAAACAUUGAUGACUGCACAUCAGAUCCAUGCCAAAAUGGAGGAACAUGUAUGGAUGGAAUAAAUUCAUAUGUAUGUCAGUGCCCUCCUGGCUUUGAAGGAGACUAUUGUGAAGAGAACCGUAAUGAGUGCGAAUUGAACAUUUGUGUCCAUGCUCAAAAUUGUCAUGAUUUGAUUGGUGACUAUGAAUGUUUGUGUGAUGCUGGAUGGUCUGGCAAGAACUGCGAUGAAGACGUUGAUGAAUGUGCCUCGUCCCCGUGCCUUAAUGGUGCUUCCUGCAAAGAUCGUGUUAAUGGCUUUGAUUGUACAUGCCCUCCAGGAUUUACAGGAGAGAGAUGCGAGACAGACACAAACGAAUGCGAAUCAAGUCCAUGCCGUAAUGGAGGGACUUGUGUUGAUGGAGUAAACAACUACACCUGUGAGUGUGGGGAGGCGUACAUGGGAGUAAAUUGUGAAGAAGAGUACGAUGCGUGUGGCUCCAACCCUUGCCAGAAUUCUGCCUCGUGUAUCUCAUCUCGGGGGUCACAAGAUUUUUACUGCGAAUGUAUUGAGGGAUUUGAAGGUUUGUACUGCAGCAACAACAUCAAUGAUUGUUUUGAUGUAACCUGUCCUGGUGGCAAAGUUUGCUACGAUCUGAUAAAUAGUUACGAAUGCCGAUGUCCAGAGGGUUUCACAGGAGAAAACUGCUCCAUCAAUAUUAACGAGUGCGAAAGUAGUCCAUGUCUUAAUGGAGGGGAGUGUCAUGAUGGAAUGGCUAACUAUAGCUGUGUCUGUCCUCCAGGUUACACAGGUCAUAAUUGUGAAGAGGAUGUUAAUGAAUGUGAAUUAAUACGUCCUUGUGUCAAUGGCAUCUGCGAGAACACCAAUGGAUCAUAUCAGUGUUACUGUCGGCCCGGCUUUUCUGGAGACCACUGCAACCUGGAGUUUGACGAGUGCCUCUCCCGACCCUGCCGCAAUAGUGGCACCUGCAUCAAUAGAAUUAAUGGUUAUGAAUGUGUGUGUCAGCCUGGUUUUACAGGCACUGACUGUGAUAUUGACAUUGACGAGUGUGCAAGCGCCCCUUGCCAAAAUAAUGCCACCUGCUCUGAUGGUAUUGCCACCUUCACUUGCGAAUGUCUGCCUGGCUUUGCUGACAAGCUUUGCUCCACCAAUAUUGAUGAGUGUGAGUCCGACCCUUGUAUGAAUGAGGGUGUGUGCACUGACGGCAUCAACCACUACACAUGUAACUGUAGUGACACCGGCUUCAAAGGACCACAGUGUGAAAUAAAUAUUGACGAUUGUGAGUCAUCUCCAUGCCAGCACGGGUCAACUUGUUCUGACCUUGUAAAGGAUUACAAAUGUCUCUGCUAUGAUGGUUAUCAAGGGAAGGACUGUGAAGAAGACAUCCAAGAAUGUGAAAGUUACCCUUGUCUCAACGGGGCCACUUGCUUGGAGCGCAGCAACAUAACUCUCUAUGAAUUAGAGAUCUUCUCCAACUUCACCUAUGAAACGGCUGGAGGAUAUAUCUGCGAGUGCAUUCCUGGCUUUACAGGUGACAUGUGCGAGAUAAAUAUUGACGAGUGUGAGAGUGACCCAUGUGUUAAUGGUGUUUGUUAUGAUGGAGUCAACAGUUAUUCCUGCAAGUGCUGGCCAGGCUAUGAAGGUGUCAACUGUGAAAUUGAAAUUAAUGAGUGUGAACUGACUGCUCCAUGUGUCCAUGGUUCAUGUACUGAUAAGGUGGCUGAUUAUGAUUGCACAUGUGAAAAUGGAUAUGGUGGUAAGAACUGCUCUGUAGCGCUUCUUGGUUGUAAUGGCAUCGAGUGUCUGAGUGGAGGUACUUGUGAGGCGCUGCUCAUGAAUGAAACAAUACAUGACUUUGUGUGUCACUGUCAGCAUGGAUUUACCGGGCGUAACUGUCAACAAUCUACUACACUCUCAUUAUCUGGCAAUUCGUAUGUUCUCAUCAAUUCACAGCGUCAAGAAGGAUACGAACUUGCCUUCCGAUUUCGUACUACGCUGACUAAUGGGAUUCUCGCUGUGGGGCAAGGGGAAACUUACAUUAAGCUGGAGCUUGUACAAGGUCAACUGAACUUCCACUCUUCCCUACUAAACAAGUGGGAAGGCAUUUUCACAGGAUCUGACCUGAAUGAUGGGCAGUGGCAGAACGUGAGGAUGUUAGUGAAUGACAGUCAUGUAUCCCUUGCAGCCAACAACGAAUCUACUGUUUAUCCAAUUAACCCAGUACAAAGCAUAAAUAGCUCGGACACAUCAUUUUCAACAACAGUCUUAGGUGGUGCAACCCCAACACUCAAGAUUCUUUCCAAAGGGGCUCCAUUUUUUACUGGUUGCAUGGAGGAUGUCAUAGUGGAUGGUUCAAUGAUGAUCCCAAGCACUGUUCCUGAAUCCAUGAAAGUUUCAGUUACGGAAGGAUGUCCACGCAUAGAACAGUGUAGUCCGAACCCUUGCUUGAACGACGGUGCAUGUGUUGAUCUUUGGACCAAAUACCAAUGCAAUUGCAUGAGACCAUAUCUUGGGGACACCUGCCAAUUGAGCUUCACUCCUGUCACGUUUGGGAAUGAAGAUACAAGAGACAGCAUGGUAACCGUGGUGAUCCCUGAAGUAGACCACGGAACAUAUAGGAGCCACGCUGAUGUGUCAAUGUUGGUACGCACCAGGGAGUCUACUGGCCUCAUCUUCUAUCUGGGAACUCUGGAUACUGCUCAUACCCUAGGAUUCCAAGAGACACACAUAAUUGUAGAGCUUAAAAAUGGCAAGUUAGUUACUCGUAUUUUACUGGAUGGACCUGAGGAAGUAUUCACAAUUGAAGGCUUGACACUCUCAGAUGGUGACCCACAUCUUCUUCAUGUAAAGCGCAUCAGGAAUGAGCUUGAGGUAAAUGUAGACAAUGUGCUUGUGCUAAACACUACCCUGACGUAUGGUGGUGACCUCCAAGCCCAGGUUCUGUACCUUGGAGGUGUUCCUCAGACCACAUUAGCAAGGGUGAAACGUCAGCUUGGUGUCACCAAUUUUACCACAACUAUAACUCGACCAAACUUCAAGGGAACAUUGCAAGAUAUUCGGCUAAGUAAUGGCACAGAAACAAGACUUGUACAACCAUUUCCACUACAAAAUUUGACUGAUGUCGUCUUACCUGGAGAAAAUCUACAGAACAUAGAAAACUUCAAUGUGUUGGAGGGAACAGUUAGCGAUGACAUGUGUAAUCCCGACCCAUGUAAAAAUAAUGCCCAAUGCCAUGUGACUUGGAAUGACUUUGUAUGCUCCUGUACAGUUGGGUAUAAAGGAAAAACAUGUGAGGACCGAGAAUAUUGUGCAAUAUACGAGUGCCCCGAAGGUUCAGAAUGUUACAACCUGGAUGAUGGCUAUGAAUGUCUGGCAAAUUUAACACUAAAUGGUGUGAACUCUUUCAUCAGCUACUCGCCCAGCUUUAGGAAUCCUCCAGCUCAUAUUACAGAUGUUUCCCUGGAUUAUCGAAGCCAAGUCGGUGGUGUGAUAUUUUGGGCUGCAGGAGCUGACGCUACUCUGUGGAUAGGGUUAAUGGAAGGAGCUGUUGUGAUACAUCAGGUUUCUGGCUAUACAGUCAGGAACGCUACCUUUACCUCUAACUCCACUCUGAAUGGCAACUGGCAUACUCUCUUGGUGUCUUUUGAUUUUACAGGUCUUCAGGUUAUGUUGGAUGACACAACUUUGCUGGGUACAGAUAUUGCUGUAAUUGUUAAUUUUACAUCACUUGUGAUCAAUGGAGAUAUAACGAUUGGUGCAAUCCCUGGUACAUUGUCAAGCCACAGCCUUCUGGACCCGUCUCUCAUUACCUCAACAACUACCCCAGUCACAUCUCUUCAACCUGAGGAGUCUAUGCCUAACGUGUUUCGAGGGUGCUUAGGAGCCACUAGGAUCCAAGGAGUAUUAGUGCCAUUCUUCUCACAGCUGGAUCUUAUCAACAAUACUGCAGCUAACCAAUUUCUAAGAAUGGAUGAGUCUUUCACCAGUAUUGGUUGCACCGUUUGCUACAACGAAGAGUGCAUGCAUGGAGGCGUAUGUUCCAAACCAGCAGAAGUCUUUAGUUGUUCAUGCCCAGUUGGAUUUGACGGGAAAUUAUGUGAGAUAAACAUUGAUGAAUGUGUUGGUAGCAAAUGCCUUAAUGGAGCAAAUUGUGUUGAUGGCAUUAACCAGUAUACAUGUGCAUGUAUGCCUGGCUACACUGGAGAAUUUUGUGAGGAAGAUAUAGAUGAAUGUGCCAGCAGUCCUUGCAAGAAUGGUGGCAUUUGUCUUAAUGAAGUUGCACAGUUUGUCUGCCAGUGUCCAGAGGACUUCAUUGGACUUUCAUGUGAUGAACUGAAGGUCAAGAAUUGCUCAAAUCUCAUGUGUCUUCAUGGUGCUACCUGCACAGAUAUUUUUAAUUCCUUGAGUGGUGUUGCAGACAACUACACUUGCACCUGCCCAUUUGGAUACUCCGGAGGCAACUGUGAAAAUAUCAUCGACUUUUGUACUGUGAAACAGAUACAGUGUGAACAUGGCUCCUGUGACCUGACUUACCAGGAUGAGGGCUGGGAGUGUAACUGUAUUCCUGGAUGGGAAGGCAAGUACUGCGACCAAGAUAUUGAUGAAUGCCUAUCAAAUCCCUGUAAAAACGGAGCCACUUGUACCCAUGAAACUCACAACUUUACCUGCACUUGCACUCCUUCUUGGACCGGACGAACAUGUGAAGACGAUGUAAAUGAAUGUGAAAGUUUUCCAUGCAAAAAUAACGGAGAAUGCCAUAAUCUAAAUGGGAGUUUUGAAUGUAAAUGUGAAGAAGAUCAUUGUGGACAAACAUGUUUACUGGAUAACCCCUGCUUAGAAGUUAACUGUAGCAAUGAAGGGGUCUGUGUUCACCUAUGUGAUGAGGCUUCCCCAGAGCAUAAAAACAAAACACGGGCAUAUUGUCGCUGUGCUGAUAUGUGGGAUGGAAAAUAUUGUACAUCAAAGUUUCCAAAUUUGAUGUGAAUCUGGCCAUCACUGUUGGAUGUGUGGUUGCACUUAUGUUGAUAAUUGCCAUUGUUGGCCUUACUGUUUUCUUGAUGAUGGCUAAGAAGAAACGACAAACGAGAGGAACAUAUUCCCCAAGCAGACAGGAGUUCUACAGCCCACGAGUUGAGAUGGGCAACAUGAUGAAACCCCCUCCAGAGGAAAGAUUAAUUUAAGACAUAACCCAAAAUUUGGGCUGUGAAAUAAAAUUUGUAAAUUUUGCUCAUUAGAUAGUAAGUCUGAGUAUUGGGCAUCUUUACCUUGAAGUUCACUUCAAUGUGCAUUCAAGAACCUAAAGAAAAGGUUCGUCUAUGAAAAUAAAUUGCACGUUGAGUGAGUGACAGAAUGCUUCUCAACAAGGCCACGUAUCAAGAUUUUGGUUUAUGAAAGUUGCUUAAAAAGAUGGUAUUCCUUCAUAGCUUUUAUUUGCAUUAAAUAAUUAAAAAUUAUUUAUACGUGCUAAAUAAUUGAAAGUGACAAAGACUCUCAGAAAAGUUCAGUUCAGUUACAGGCUGUUCUUGGUGGAGUGAAAAGUUCGUCAUGAACCUGAGCAAAGAUGGUAUGAAGCCUGCAAUGCGGCAGACCUACGCUGUCUUUUGACAUGUACGAGAAAUACACUGACAGUGGAUGUGUUUGUGGCCAUAGCAAUAACUAUUAAAAUCUAGGAUAAAAUAAUACAAAAAGUCUUCCAAGUCGAUUUCUAUUAUUACACAGAAGGCAAAAUAUUUGUCGUGUACUGUUUCAGUAGCAUUCAUUAAAAGGUUCGCAAGUUACUGGAAGUGAAAAAUCUUUAUAUCAAAGUAUACUUACUCUGGUAAGUAGUACAGACUAAACAAAUGUAGUGAAAGAAAGUCAAAGUGGAAACCUUGGUUCAGAAUGGUGCCAGAGGUAACCAGUCCAUCCAUACAAUAGUUUGUUGUUUCAAAUUCACAUUGAAUUUGAAUGACCUUAAUUAUAUGUUUUAAUAUUUUUAUCAAAGAUUUUCCAUUUAUAAACUACUAAUUAUGUGCACUUUUCUCAUUUUUAAAUGCUUAAAUUGCUUGUAUUUUUUAUUUCAUUAAAUGAAAUAUUAACUUAUUGCAAAGUGCUUUUCGAUGUCAUAGGAAUAAUGUAAAUACCCUCGGGAUUAAACAGAUGUGUUUAAUCAUGUAUAAUAAAUACAUAAUUUAAUAAUUAUGUUGAUAUAGUUCUAAUUUUUUGUUAACAAUUAUGAGUUUCUUACUAAGAAAUUCAGAAGCUAUUAAUCAGUGUCCAAAUAUAUUACACAGCAGUUAUCAGUAUCUUAUUAAAGAUAAGCUAUAAUAUAUUGAGGUGCUGGAGUACUCUUGAUAGCUGGCUAUCACUGAAUACAAUUGUUAUUAGGAUGGUACUUUUUUUUUGAGUUUCAAGUUACAUGAUCACUUCAGCAAGUUACAUAGGUGGUUGCAGCACUAAGUUACAUAUAUGGUUUGAGCAAGUUGCAUAUAUGGUGUGCUCUCAGUCACAUGCAGCUAUUUGUUUGUCUAUGGUGCCGUUGUUUUCUUAGUGAUGUCACGAGGUCAAUGUGUGCACGCAGUAUUGUAUCUGUUUCUAGGCUUGUAUUGCCCAGUAUUCUUCAUAUUGAUGUACAGUAUAUAAAGUGAGAAGAAAUCAACAAAUAUUUCAUUUAAAUAAUUUUUUAAUGUCUUUCCAUUUUGGAAAUUGUUUGCAUCUUUACAAAUACAGAUUUGAUAUUUGAAUUUGAAUUUUGUUCCUCUUGGAAUUUGGUAAUGAUUACAUCAGUACUAAUAAAUGAGCUGAUAAUCGGUAUUAGUUUCUUGAAUUUCAAUCGGUGAGCUUAUGAUGGGCAUUAGCUUCAUCAUUGCCAAUCAGUGAACUUAUGAUUGGUACUUGUUUCAUCAGUGCCAAUCAGUGAGCUUAUGAUUGGUAUUUGUUUCAUCAGUGCCAGUCAAUGAGUUUGCGAUUGGUAAUACUUUCAUCAGAAAUCAGUGAGCUUGCGACUAAUAAUGGUUAUAGUAGCAAUUAAUAAAUGUGAGUGUGCGUGUGUGUUGUUUUUUAUAAGAACUUCCUGUAUAGUUGUGCCACUAAUACUUAAUGAUCAAGUUUUUACUUUUGUAAACGAGGCAACACAGAUUUGCAUUCCAAUCAAAAGAUGUUUUGGUAUAUGCUUACCAAAAGUUGUACAAUUGUACCAACACAACAAAAAGUUUCUUCUGUAUAUGUUUAUGAAUAUAUACAUAUAUUUUUUAAUGAAAUAUGUGGUUGUGUAAUAUGAAGCAGUAAUAUGAAUUUCUAUCCAGUGAAUAAUAGGCUAUACUGUAUUUGUAUGAGUCCUCAUUCACUGUAGACUAGGCUUAUUUUUGUUCGUCUCUGUGAGAAACAUUCCACAAAUUAUCAUGUGUAGAACUUUAGAAUCAUUGAUGUUAUUUUAGUGAUUUCACUCUUAUGAUAUCAAUACAUAUAACUGAACUGCCACUUAUGGAUGCUUUUUGUAUACAAUUAUUUAAUGAAUUUUGACUGUACCCAGAUGAAUCUCAGAUUAAUUAUUACAAAGACCUGCAUAAAUGAUGUAUAUGCACAUAAAUACAAAGACAAAUACACAUCAAUGACAUACUGGGGCAAAACAUCAACCCUUGAGCAGUUGGCUGUGAUGUACACAAAGGGCGUUUUACUCUUUCAUUGCCCAACCACUUGGGCUGGACAGUAGAGCGACGGUCUCGCUUCAUGCAGGUCGCCGUUCAAUCCCCAACCGUCCAAGUAGUUGGGCACCAUUCCUUUCCACCGUCCCAUCCCAAAUCCUUAUCCUGACCCCUUCCCAGUGCUAUAUAAUCAUGGUGGCUUGGUGCUUUCUUCUGAUAGUUCCCUUCCCUUACACUAUCAUUCAGCAUGCUUUCUCAAUAUCAGAUUCUUAAGUUAACACUUUGCUCCAAGCCAGAUGUUAGACCAUAGGGAAAAUAAUACCCAGUACCAAUUCAAAGUACAGUAGCUUCAGGGUAGUGCAGUAGUACUCACCACCACUCUCUCGGCUUAACACACACACAAACAGCACAAUAGAAAUGAACACAAGACAGAUACAUGUAUAUAAAAGACCAAACACUUAUUCACAUAGUACGAGUUAUUACCCAGAUGUAUUGAACAUCUUCCUUGAUGUCAUCUCCCACUGUGAUAUAAUUCCCUCCUCCAAAGCUUAUUGGUAAUGACAGUGCCUUUCAUACUUAAUAAGUUGGCAGAGUUGAUAGUCAUAAAUAUGAACUCUGUAACUGCUGCUUUCUGCACUAAUGUCUGCAUUACCUGAAAUAUAGUUAAUACAGAGAAUAGUGUGGCUCAUUAAGUUUUAUAAAUAAGACCCAAGAAUUAUUAACAAAGUACAUUUUUUAUAUAUAGCAGUACUUAGGUGAACUGGUCUCAGGAAAUUGAUGAUAUGUGAAAAUACUGUAAGGAUUCUGUACUAUCCCAAUCCAUAUAUGAAUUUAAUAGCUUGUUAAAACUUGAAGAUACAAUUCUGCUAUAAUUUGUGUGAUAAAGAUUUUAGUAAGCUUGACAGAUUAUUCAUAGACUUAUAUACCAUUCUUAAAGCAGGGCAUGUCAGGGAAAAACUUCAGCAUUGGAAUUUGGAAGAAUCAUUUCAGUUACAUGUGGAUAUACAACACAAAGUUUAGUUAUUCAGCACUUUUGCCAUCAAUUACAUUAGCACAGCUCUCGAUCUAUGAUGAAUUUAAUGUUUAUAACAAUUGGUGGUUUAUAACCAUUUUUAUCUUGUUUUCCCUGAAGUAUAGUGAUUGUAACACUUGUUUGUGUCAGGACCUGAAAGCAGGUAUGAUGUAUUGAAAAAUUUUCUGAAAACUGAAGAUUAUAACAAGUGUUUUGUUAAUAUAUGUAGAUAUACUCUUUGACUAAUGGGACCAAUUUUUAUGAUAAUUGUAUUUUCUGCAUUUCAAUAUGUAUUAUUGAUUUGUUUAUAUAUACAGACAUGAAAUGUAUUGUUAGAAAUGUUCUCCAAUGCAUUGUACAGUAUUGUAAAUGUGAAAUUUAACUAUUUAAAAUAUGGCUAGAA